AGAGAACCGAAUGGAUCUGGAAAGAGAGAAGGGAAGAGGGAGAGAGAGAUGAACGAAGUGUAUCAGCUUAGGCAGGAGGGUUGGUGAGAUUGAUGAAUGAGAGAUGUCUCAGACGUGGAAUGGCUCAGUCGCUACAGAAUUGCCCCCUGGUGGAAUCAUCGUACCAGUCGUCUUCUCCUUGAUAUUUGCCCUAGGUACGGUGGGAAAUGGAUUGGUCCUGGUUGUGCUGCUGAGAAAUGGACAGACCAAAUACAACACUACCAACCUCUUCAUCCUCAACCUGGGAGUAGCGGACCUAUGCUUCAUACUGCUAUGUGUGCCCUUUCAGGCCACUAUAUAUACUUUGGAUGGGUGGCUGUUUGGGGCUUUUCUCUGCAAAGCUGUGCACUUCUCUAUCUACUUAUCCAUGUAUGCUAGCAGCUUCACAUUGGCUGCCGUUUCAGUGGACAGGUAUCUUGCAAUUCGUUAUCCACUUAAAUCCAGAGACCUUCGUACAUCUCGGAAUGCUCUGGCUGCCAUUGGAAUUAUAUGGGCCCUUUCAAUUCUGUUUGCUGGUCCUUAUCUGAGUUACUACCACAUUAUCCUCUACAACCAAGUUCCCAUCUGCAUUCCUAACUGGGAAGAUAGAAGGCGGAAGAUCAUGGAUGUCUCCACUUUUGUAUUUGGGUACCUCCUACCUGUGCUUAUUCUGGGACUAUCCUAUGCCAGGACUAUCUGCUUUCUGUGGACUUCUGUGGACCCAGUGAAGACUGCUUCUGAAUCCCGCAAAGCCAAGCAUAAAGUAACAAAAAUGAUAGUAAUAGUUGCCGUGCUGUUCUGUAUUUGCUGGCUGCCUCACCACGUGGUCAUACUUUGUUUCUGGUUUGGUCAUUUUCCCUUUAACAGGGCCACCUAUGCUUUUCGACUAGUGUCCCAUUGUAUGUCCUAUGCCAAUUCAUGCCUCAACCCCAUUGUUUAUGCUCUUAUCUCUAAACACUUUCGCAAGAGAUUUAAACAAGUCUUCACCUGUAUGCUGACCCAGAAACGAGCACGCAACAAAGUUCAUGCAGUACAGACUGCCAACACUGUAGCUGGAUUUUAUGCUGGCCACACCGAGGUGACCCAGGUUCAAGAAGAUAGUGGUCGUGGGGGAAGAGUUGCAAGAGAGGAACUUAUUGAGGGUGAUAGUCCAGGGGAGCCACUGAAUCUCAGCACAGGGGCAGGGACCUGGGGGACACGUUUGCCUAAACCUGUGGUGUUUGCUGCACAAACAACAUAAGAAAAAAAACAAGUUAAAAGUUGGAGUCGCAGUAUGGCAGAUAUUUUACCUUUUUCAAUGAGUGGUCACUGUUCAGGUGCCAUUGAUAAGUACCCUUGUGACUUAAGGCAAGUGAUACUAUCUCUUGUACCUCAAACAACACAAGAUACUGUUGAAGUUUACCUUCUUUGAGCCAAGGAGUGAUCGAAUAUGCCAAGAAAUGUGAAGGCUAAAAAGAAGAUGUAUUAUAAAUAUCUUCAGUAGUGUGCCUUCAUCAGGACCUCACACUUGACGGAACGAUUUUCUGACUAUUCUGAGCAUCGCAUAUCUCAUUAACUACUGUCUUUCAAGUUGGAAAAUUAAAAUUUCUAAUUUAUUACCUGAAGUCCGGAACCUGUGCUGUUUAAUGCUUCUAUGUAUCUCUCAUUACCUCUUUUCAUUAAGCUGCAAUCUAUACAUUGACAUUUUUUCGAGGACCUGUGCACAGUUAAUGCUGCAAAAAAGGUUUCUUUUGAAUCACUUUUGUGUAGAGAAACAUAAAAUCAAUUGACUAAUUAUAACACUGUCUUGCAUGUGCUCUAGUCUGUGGCAAAAUGCCGAAUACAUAAUUUGCAUUGCAUCUGUUAUUUAUAUAACAUUACAGAUUUGAAUCCGUGACUUUUUCUCAAGUGCUGAUCUAAUCAAGCCUAAUUCUAGAGAAGAUUUAUUUCAAAUAUCACAGUCUGAAGAAAAAGUAAGCUAUUUUCAAAAUAAAAUAUAUUUUGAGCGCUUUUUA